AAUUUCAGCUGCAGAUAAUAUGCCUAUAUCGAAAUCGGAAGUUACGAAGCAGGAGUCAACCAACGACACAGAGAAUCCGUUGGAAACAACUGAAAAAACUGCUCAGUCUAAUGAUAAUGAAGAUCAGACAAGUUAUGCUGAGCAGUCUGAGCCCAAAAAUCCUUCCGCACCAGCUUCAGAAUCACUUACACGUCAUCCCUUGCAGUGCCGAUGGGCUCUUUGGUAUUUGAAAGCCGAUCGAAACAAAGAUUGGGAGGAUUGUUUAAAACAAGUAGCUGUUUUUGAUACCGUUGAAGACUUUUGGGCCUUGUACAAUCACAUUCAAACGGCUUCCGGUCUUAAUUGGGGAAGUGAUUACUAUUUAUUUAAAGAGGGUAUUAAACCGAUGUGGGAAGACGAAAAUAAUGUGAAAGGUGGUCGAUGGCUUGUUGUUGUCGAUAAACAGAAACGGGCACAAUUGUUGGACCAUUAUUGGCUUGAGCUAUUAAUGGCAAUUAUCGGAGAGCAGUUUGAAGAACAUGGCGAACAUAUCUGUGGUGCGGUAGUAAACGUUCGACAGAAGGGUGAUAAAGUUUCUUUGUGGACACGUGAUUCACUGAAAGAUGAUGUGAACUUACGUAUUGGGCAAAUUUUGAAGGCAAAACUUGAAAUUCCUGACUCAGAACCGAUUCGUUAUGAAGUUCAUAAGGACUCAUCGGUGCGUACAGGUUCAAUGGUGAAGCCCCGUAUUGUUAUUCCAAUGAAAGAAACGAGGUAAAUAAGGACAGAGCUGUACUUGUAUACAUAUAUGUAUCUUUUUACCGCGACUGAUUGCUUUGUUAAGCCUUCAGUUGGUGUUCUUGUGGUUCUCUUUUUACGUUCUAAUGUAGUUUUUAUCUGAUUAGUUGCUUAAGAAUUCCCUAACAUGUUUCUUUUCCAUUGCAGUCAUAUUCACAGCAUAAAUUAUUUGGAAACA